CCCACCUGCUCUCUCCAUCUCUUUCUGUACGCUUCCUACGUCACUGCCCGGCGCUCUCGCCAUUCAUCCCUCCCUCUCUCUCAUCGAUACCACCCUCCUCCUCUUCAUCCUCCUCAUCCUCCUCCUCCGUCACUGCCUCGGCUGUUCAUCGCCGCUCUCCUUGUCUCUCUCCUCCUUCAUUUCCCUUCUCGCUCUCCGUCUUGCCCCGCCAUCCCCGAUGAGUCUCGGGGAGGUCACGGACCUGGGCCCCGCGCCCGACGGGGUCUCCGCGGGGCACGGCGGCGCGCAUCCGGGCCGCGCCAUGGCGGGACUCGGCUGCUUUCGGACUCUGCUGAGCGCCAUCCUCGCCUUCUUCCGCUCGAUGCUCGCCGGCUACAAGAGGAUGGACGAGGCGGCGUUGGCGGCGUCGGCCACGGCGACGACUGCGACGGCCGCGGGACCCGCGCCCAUCCUCUCGUCAAGACACUUCCAGCACCAGCACUACCAGCAGCAGCACUACCACUACCAGCAGCAGCACUACCAGCAGCACCGCUUCCACGUGCAGCAGCAGCAGCAGGUCGCGUGCAAGGUGCUGGCAGACUCUCCCAUCAAGCUGGGCCGCCUCCCGCACAACCUGGGGCUCGUAGCGGGGCUGCUGGACAAGGUCCGCCUACAGGUGCCAGGGGUGAUGGUGGCCGCUCGUGCCGAGGCGGUAACGCCGCCGCCGCCGCCGCCGCCACCGCACGACCUCCCCGGGACCCCCGCGUCUCCGCUUCUCGCCGCGGCGCCCUCCUCUCCUCCGGAGUCGCCUCCUCUGACCCCGACCCAGGAGCUGCGCUCCGCUCUCUCCUCCUCGUCCUCCCGCUCCCCGCCCGACUACGUGCUGGUGCCCUGCACCCCGGGCGCGGCCCCCUUCGCGGGGUCCGCCACGCGCGCCGCGGGGGCUCCCGCGCACGGGUUCGCAUCGGCCCCCGCCCGGACCGGUAACCCCGCGCGGGACUGCGUUCUCGACAUCCCAUCUGUGAGGCCCGGCCUUGGAGAGUCGCCGCCAUCCACUGCUUCUACCCCUUCCACACCUUCCCCGCCAUCUCCACCAUCUCCACCACCACCACCUCCACCUGUCCCGCUUCGUCUUCCUCCUCCCCCCGCCGUCCCCGCGCGCCGCGCUCGCGUCUCGCCGCUGCCCGCCGGCGUCUCCCUCCCAACGGGGGUCCCCGCGGGGGGCGGAGCGGGGGAGCGUCCCGCGGCCCCGGGGGACGCGGCGAGCGCGGAGAGCCCGAGCGAGGGGCUGCCCCGAGGGUGCCCAGAGGUGACGCCACAUCAGCAGCGGCAAUAUCAGCAUCAUCAGCAGCAGCAUAAUCAGAAUCAGAAUAAUCACCAACAGCAGUGGUAUCGACAUUGUGAGCAACAGCAGCAGCUGCUUGUCAUUGACCUUCAACUGCAGCAGCAGGAUUACCAGCAGCAGGCGGUUCACAACGAUAUUCAACUGCAGCAGGAUCACGAUUAUAAUUAUGAUCAUCAUCAUCAGCAGGGACAGCUCCAGGUGCUUCACAACGACCUUCAACUGCAGCAGCAGGAUCAUCAGCAGCAGCAGGAACAGCAGGAUCAGAAUAAUCAUCAACAGUAUCAGCAGCAUGAGCAAGAACAUCAGGUGCACAAUCAUCAGCAGCAGCAGCAGGAGCUUCAGAAUAAUUUCAAACUGCAGUGUCACGAGGAAGAACGCUAUCAUGAUAAUCAUCAGCAACAAAAUGAUCAACAGUACCAGCAGCAACAUCCUAAGCAGGAGUCACAUCCACAGCUUCAUCAGCCGCUGCAGAAUAACUAUUGGCAGCUGCAGCAGCAGACGAACCAACAGUACCAGCAGGAUCAUCAGCAGCAGCAACAGUUGAAUAAUUAUCAGCAUCCCAAUAACCAGUUGCUGCAGCGGCAGCGUGAGCGGCAGCAGCAGGAGGCGGAGCGGCAUCAAGAUCGACUUCAACAACAGCACGAAGAUCAGCAACAGCAGCACCAUGAGCAGGAGCAUCAGGAUCAACAGCAGCAGCACCAUCAGCAGCAGGAGGAACAGCAGGAGGAGGAGCAUCAGCAUCAGCAGCAGGAGGAACAGCAGGAGGAGGAGCAGCAGCAUCAUCAGCAGGAAGACGAGCAGCAUCAGCACCAUCAGCAGCAGCACCAUCAGCAGGAGGAGGAGCAGCAGCAGGAGCAGCAGGAGGAGGAGCAGCAGCAGGAGCAGCAGCAGGAGCAGCAGCACCAUCAGCAGCAGGAGCAGCACCAUCAGCAGCAGGAGCAGCACCAUCAGCAGCAGGAGGAGCAUGAGCAGCAGGAGCAGCAGCAGCACCAUCAGCACCAUCAGCAGCAGGAGCAGCAGCAGCACCAUCAGCAGCAGCAGGAGCAGCAGGAGCAGCAGGAGCAGCAGGGGUGCCUUGGGGAGCGCCUCCCAAGCUGCCCCCCAACCGGCUUGCCCCCCACUGCGGCAGGAGUCGCGCGCGGCAGCCGGCGCGUCCACUUCGCGGACGUGCGGGGCCUGGAGUUGGUGAGCGUGCGCCUCUUCCACGACCACGGAGACGACGACGACGACUUCGAUUACGGAGGAGGAGGAGGCGGCGGUGGAGGAGGAGGAGGCUGCGGCGGCGGCUCGUGCGGGCCGGGCGAUCGCAGCGUCCGCGCGCGACUCUUCGCCCAACUCUGCCUCGCCGCCUUCCCCAGAUUCGACACGGACGACGACGACGACGAUCUUAACGAUGAUGACGAUUACGAGUAUUACGAUGAAGAUGAUGACGGCGACGGUGAAGAUGCCGCCGCCGCUGCCGCUGCUGCUGCUGCCGCCGCUGCUGCUGCUCAGCUAGCGGAAGACGACGAAGAGACGAGGAGGAGGAGGAGAUGCGACGGUGGCGUCACGGAUGCCGACGAGCGAGGAAGCGGCAACUCGCUGCUGGUGACCGGCGGCGGCGGUGGCGCUGGGUCGCCCCGGGUCGCGCCCCCACCUCCACCACCACCUCCACCACCGCCGCCACCACCGCCGCUCUUAACUCCGGGCGCGCGUCCGGACUUCCUCGAGCGCGUGCGUGCCCAGAGCGUGUGCCUGGAGCGCGUGCGGGCCACGUGCGGCGGCGGCGCCCGCGGCUGCGUGCGGGUGCUCAACUUGGCCUUCGAGAAGCGCGUCGUCGUGCGCCACUCGUUCGACGACUGGGCCACGAGCGCGGACGCCGACGCGCGCUACGCUCCGUCCGCGGCCAACCCGAGUCAGGGUCAGGGCCAGCAGAGCGCGGGUCGGGCUCCCGGCGGGAGGGCUGCUGUUCCGCCGCCGGACGGGGGCUACACGGACCGCUUCAGCUUCCGCCUGGAGCCGCCGCGCGGCUCCCGCCUGGAGCCCGGCGCCUCCCUGGAGCUGGCGGUCUGCUACCGAGUGAACGGCUCCGAGUUCUGGGACAACAACGGCGGGAGGAACUACCGCGUGCGCUGCCAGCGAGCCAAGGUGUCCCCGACUCGCGAGACGGACAACGGCUGGGUCCGCUUCGUGUAGCCGCCACCCAGGACCCCCCC